AUGGAUUACUCAGAGCGAGUGAACUCUAAAAAGGGUGCUGGAGGGGUUGCAGAUGCAACCGAAGCCAACGUCCAUACCAAGAGACGGAUCAAAGAGCUUUUGACAUCCCAGGUCUUGGAUCUCGAGAACGAUCCAUAUGUCUUCAGAAACCACGUAGGCAUUUUAGAAUGCCGACUUUGCCUCACCACCCACACAAAUGAGGCAUCAUACAUCUCGCAUCUCAGCGGGAGAAAGCAUGCUUUGAAUCUAGAAAGGAGACGAAUCCUUGAUGAAAAGCAGAACAGACAGGGUAAAGCCGAGGGCAAUGUUGUUUCAAUCAACAACAUACUGAAGAGAUCAUGGAAUAGCAUAGGGAAGCCCCCUUUCAAAACGACGAAAAUCAGAGAUCAAGAAUCUCUUCGUAUGGGGUUAUUAGUACAGGUACAGGUUCCUCGUAUCACAGUCAAAGAGCCCUUCUUCAGACUCAUGUCCGGAUAUGAACUUUCGGACAAAAAUCAAAAUGUAUCCAAGUCCUUUUUACAAAGACACAAGACUGACUAUGAGGAUGAUGAAGACAUUCAGCCUCUGAAAUGGCAAUACCUAGUUAUCUCCGCAGAGCCUUAUGACAAUAUAUGCGUUGCUAUCCCAGCACAACAAGAGAUAGAAAAGCCGUCAGGAACAGAUCAAAUGUCGAAAUCCUACUGGUGGUUUUGGGACGAUGACUCCAAAGAGUAUUUCAUACAGUUUCUCUUCAAGUCGAGCAAGAAAGCCCGAUGA